UGACGUAAAUACGGGGCGUCGCAAGCGCGGGCUACGUAGCUGUAAGGGGAAGUAGCCCCAGCGGCGGCUGGGCUCCGAUACCCGGCGAAGGUGGCGGUCGUCCUAGGCCCAGGGAGAGGGCGCACGGGCCUUCAGGAAGAUGCUUCCGAGUACUGCAGUGAGUGCCUCAGUGCACGGGAAUGGAGUCUUGAGUUCCAGGGAUGCUGCAAGACACACGGCUGGAGCAAAACGUUACAAGUACCUCAGGAGGCUUUUCCGGUUUCGGCAGAUGGACUUUGAGUUUGCUGCAUGGCAGAUGCUCUACCUGUUCACCUCCCCACAGAGGGUUUAUAGAAACUUUCACUACCGGAAGCAAACAAAGGACCAGUGGGCCAGAGAUGACCCUGCUUUCUUGGUCCUCUUAAGUAUCUGGCUCUGUGUGUCCACCAUAGGAUUUGGCUUUGUGCUGGACAUGGGAUUUUUUGAGACAAUAAAGCUGCUCCUGUGGGUUGUGUUCAUAGAUUGUGUAGGCGUUGGCCUUCUGAUAUCAACUUUAAUGUGGUUCAUCUCAAACAAGUAUCUAGUGAAGCGCCCGAGCAGAGACUGUGAUGUGGAGUGGGGCUACGCCUUCGAUGUGCAUCUGAACGCCUUCUACCCGCUCCUGGUCAUUUUGCAUUUUAUCCAGCUCUUCUUCAUCAACCAUGUUAUCCUUGCAGAUACAUUUAUUGGAUAUUUAGUUGGAAAUACCUUAUGGUUGAUUGCUGUUGGCUAUUAUAUCUAUGUAACCUUCCUGGGAUACAGUGCACUGCCAUUUCUGAGAAACACAGUGAUCCUGCUCUAUCCGUUUGCGCCUCUGGUUGUGCUGUAUGGGCUGUCACUGGCGCUGGGAUGGAACUUUACCCACACGCUGUGCUCCUUCUACAAGUACAGAGUGAAAUGACAGUGACAGCAUCCUGGCUAAACUGUCUGGUGUGGCGAAGGGACAAGUUCUUGUAAAUCUGUAAAUAUCUUAAAGAUGUAAAGUUUACAAAUUUGAGGCGAUAUUAACACUAUUGUCUAGACCAUUCCUUAAAACUAAUUACAUGUACAUUUCUAAUAAAUAUUUUUAAACUAAAGCA